AUGGCAGCACAUCCAAUAGUGGUAGCUGGGAUAAGACGCAGGAUUGGAAAUGGGGAGACAACUCUUAUUUGGGGACACCCAUGGCUCCAGGAUAAUCCAAGUCCCUUGGUACAAACAAUUAUGCCUGAGGAGUUAAGAGAGGCACGAGUAGCAGAUUUGAUUGACCCACAAACACAAACAUGGGAUCCACAUAUUUUAUCUAAUUUAUUUAUCCCAGAGGAUGUGAGCAGAAUAGUUAUGAUUCCUGUUAGCCCUGGUUAUGAUGACUCAUGGUACUGGAUAGGUGACCCAAAAGGUAUUUAUUCAGUAAAGAACGCCUACAGGCGUAUUGUUGGUGAUUAUGAGAAUAACCCAGGUGAUUUUGAUAAAUGGGUUAAGAUGUGGAAAUUGAAAGUACAACCAAAAUGGAAGACUUUUUUUGUGGAGAGCAUUUGGAAUAUAACACAAUUACCUAUCACGAAUAUUAUUACAGAUUCAUUUGCGGAAUGGUUAACCGGGGCUAUGUCAAUUCUAACAGAGGAACAAACACAACUGAUGGUUGGUGUUCUAUACAAUAUUUGGAGAAACCGCAAUUCGGCAGUGUGGGAAGGGGCCAUGACACGGCCGCAGGCUGUGGUGAAGGGGGCGGCAACCUUGAUGAAUGCUUAUGGUGCGAUACACGGCCGUACGGCAAGAGAUGGUUUACGGGCACAAUCCGAACCGGUGUUGCCCGGCAAUCACAUGAGAUGCUAUAUAGAUGCGGGGUUUCGGCAGGAAACCGGGGAGGCUACGUAUGGAAUUGUGUUAUUGGAGCCCGGUGGCUCGUUUGUGGUAGCCAAGAAUGGAAGAUCACCUGUUUGUUUCUCACCACUCAUGGCGGAGGCUAUGGCUUUUAAAGAGGCACUGUCCUGGUUAGUAGAAAGGAGUAUUAAUUCAGCCGAUCUGCUCACGGAUUGUAUGGUUCUGCGAACCGCUAUACAUCACCAAACUACACCCGUUCACUCGUACGCUGGGUUAGCAAUUGAUCAGUGCAAGACAAUGAUGUCUUUAUUUAGUUUUGUUUUAUUAAGCUAUGUGCCUAGACAGUUUAAUUUACAUGUGCAUACUUUAGCUUCAUUAGCUUUUACUCAGGAGCAUUCUAUGUAUUGGGAUUCUAUCCCUCCUGACGCUAUUAUAGCUUUCAUCAGUUAA